AUGGAAACUGUGAAAAAUUUAUUCAAUAAAUGGGAAGAUUUUUUGGAGCAUAAAUCAGAUCCAAGAAUAUCAAAAUAUUUUUUAAUGCAAUCUCCUUUUCCAAUUCUUGGAAUCUCAUUGGGAUAUUUGUUCAUAGUGAAAAUCGUUUUACCAAAGUAUAUGAAAAAUAGGAAAGCUUUCGAUAUAAAAAAUAUUCUUCUAGUUUUUAAUGUGUGGCACAUGUGUGCAAAUGUUGGAAUUUUUUAUUACCUUGCAUCAUCUGGAUGGUUAACGACCUAUAACUGGAGAUGCGAACCAUUUGACCGAUCUCCAUUUGGUGACCCACUCACAAUGUUAAACUCUUGCUGGUACUUUCUAAUGCAGAAAAUAAUAGAUUUGAUCGAAACUGUUAUUUUGUUGUUGGGAAAAAGAUUCGACCUUGUGACGUUUUAUCACGUUGUGCACCAUUUCUUAAUGCUAAAUAUGGUCUGGGGGCAUAUAAAAUUUUUUCCAGGUGGACAUGCGACAUUUUUUGGAUUUGCAAAUUCCUUUUCCCACAUCAUCCUUUAUUCAUAUUUGAUUGUAACAAGUCUAAUGCCUGAGAUAAAGAAAAGUUUCCCUUGGCUUCGUCAACUUUGUACAGUUUUAGCUGCAACAGAAAUCAUUGCAAUUAUUCUCCAUUCAGCUCAAUUGUUUUUCAAAAAUGAUUGCAACUAUCCCAUCGAGUCUAUUUACUACGUUCUGUCUUAUUCUUCCAUUUAUCUCGUAUGCUCCAUUUUUUGUCAUUUACGG